AUGUCUUCGCCUCCUCCUCCUCCUGCCGAAUUCCCCCCUCGCGAUCCUAACAACUCUACCGAUAGUAGCGACACCGGGUCGUUCCUGUCGCAGAAAAGCAUACGGCCGCAAAACGAUGCCCGGCGGCCUUCAGCAAUUGCAUUUGCGGAACCGGACGAGCCUCGUCGGCCUUCGGUUCAGUUCAAGCGAGAUGUGCCUAAUGGGAAGACCAACAGUGUGGGGAGUGGGCCUUCCAGCUCGAGCUUGGGUGCAGAAAACCGGUCUAUUCGAAAGCGAUCGCUAAGCUCCCCGCCCCCUCCGCCGUAA